AUGAAAGACCUAACCAGCACAGACAGAAUGCGUCUCACCUACAUCCCACCCCUCAUCCUCCUCUCUCUCCUCUCCCUCUCCCUUUCCCUCGCCGAGCCUCUCAGGAGCUGCGACCCCAACAGAGACCUGGCGUUGCAAGACGUCUCGCCCGUCGAAGGCCCCCCGGCCGCCGGAAGUAAUGCUACGGACGGGAGCCCAGCCGACCCCGACGCGAGCGCCGCGACAACCCACUGUCAGAACUGCACCAAGAUCAAGAGGGUCAAGCCGCGAUUCAACGGGCACUGCCACCCGGCCAGAAGUAGAGGGUAA